AUGUCGUCUAUGUUAUUAUCUGUUUCAAUGAUUGUUCAUCUCUCUCUUGUAUUCAUUAGUUUUAUUGCGUUCUCAAAUUCACAAGCCAACACAAUUAAUAAAGCAUGUUCUACAGGUGGCUCUACGUGUGGAGCAGGACAAGCAUGUAUCAAUGAUCUUUGCGAAUGUGAUCCGACUCAUAGACGUUUUUGGACCGGUGAAAAACAUCAGUGUCGUGUUUGUCCACCUGAAUAUAUUCGUGCACCAACUCGAUGUUACAAAUAUUUUAAAGAAUAUAAAAAUCAAAGUGAAGCCCGCGCUAUUUGCCGUAAAGACCAAGCGGAUUUAUUUACCUGGCGAGAUAAUACCGAUGAAAAUGAAUUAUUGAAAGCAUCAGCUGCUGAAUGGAAUUAUAAUUAUGAAAAUGUUCAAAAUCAAUUUUAUUCUUGGAGUGGUGGCAUGGCUCAUCAUGGUCAAGGUGAAAGACUAGAAUAUGAAAUAACUUGGUUCGACCCAAAAGGACCUACUAUUCCUCAUCCUGAUACAGGUGAUCAGCUCACUGAUCGAUAUUGUAAUGCAAUGACAAAAACAAACUAUCACGGAGAUCCUGAACCUACUCGACAAACUAGAAAUGGCGAAAGAGAAGAUUGUGUCACCAUUGUUUUUCUUCCUCAACCAAAAUCGCGCGGAUUAAUUUGUAUGGCCGAUGACUUUUGUUCAUCAAUAAUGGGAUUUAUAUGUGAAUUAACUGAAGCAACAUUAUCAGGUGUUUAUCAAACACCUCCAACACCAGAUAGAAUAGUAGAUGAUAUUUUAAUCGAAACUUCGGGUGAAAAUGAAAUAAUCGAUGAACAUUCUGAGCAAACUGAAAUUCUUUCACCUAUUGAAGAAAAACAAAAAUCUAAUCUAUUAAUAUAUGUAAUUGUUGGUAUUGUGCUUCUUGUAAUUAUUGGCGUUGUUACGUUUGUUGUCCUUCGAUACCGAAAGAAAUAUAAUCCAACAAUGAAUGUUUCCCCGACAAAUAGUAUAACUACUUCUAUUAUGUCAAGUGGUGAUCUACAUGAAAAUGCUUGA